CAUUGUCACUUGAUUGUUGUUUAUUCUCUUAAUGUUUACUUAAAGUUCAUGACACAUUGGAAACAGAAAAUAUAUAUUUUUGUUACUGUAUUCUCAGGUAUCAAGAAACUAGGCGAGUAUAUGUUAUUCUCAUGUACAAAAUGGCUUCACCUCAAAAAUUAGCAACGAAAUUUUGUAACAUAUCACCCCAGAUAUUAAAAAACGUGGAUGGAAGAGCUUUGCUAAGUCCAAAGACUCCUAUAAAAGAGACAUAUAGGAAAGGUACUGAGAAGAGAAAUCAACUGUCUCCUUUUAAUAUCGAUACUCCCAAUAGGCAAAAAAUAUUGAGAAAUGGUCUACCCGCUAAAACUGGUACAUUUCUAGGAAGUGGAGGAUUUGGUACUGUGUAUAAAGCAUUGUAUAAGGGUGAUCAAGUUGCAGCUAAAGUGAUGCAAACAGAAAAAUGUUUCAAUAUAUUGAAGGGUGAAGAACAUGCUUCUCUGUUAAGACAUUCUAAUAUCGUAAAAGUGCUAAUGAUAGAACAAGGUGCUUCUCUAUCUUUAAUAACAAUGGAGUUAUGUGGUACUACUUUACAAGAAUAUAUAGAGGAAACGGUCUUAACCAAAACCAAAAGAAUCUGUAUAUUAAAGGACAUAACUUGUGCUUUGCAAUUUUGUCACAAUGCUGGUGUCAUUCAUGCAGAUGUCAAGCCUAAAAAUAUAUUACUGUCUGCAGACGGUCAACCAAAGCUCACAGAUUUUGGUAGUUCCGUAUUAAUAGAAGAGUCGAAUGGAAUUAAUAAAUUUCACGGUACACCAGGAUAUGCCGCUCCAGAAGUAAUAAAAGAAAAUAAACUGACUCCUGCAGCGGAUAUUUACUCUUUAGGAAUUGUAGCUUGGCAAAUGUUAUUUAGAAAGCUGCCAUUUGCUGGAUUACACAGUCAUACGAUUAUUUAUCUUUCUGUGAAGGGACAUCGCCCAGCAGAUGAUAAUAUCGAUGAUGAAUUUCAAGGUAUCUAUAAAACAUUGUAUAGACAAAUGUGGUCACAAAAUGCUACUGAUAGAAUUACAACCAACGAAGUAAUAAGCAAGAUCGAUAUGCUACUUUGUUCUUAA